AUGAUAAGGCUUGAAGAGCGAGCAACCUUUGGAAAGAUCUAUCAGAUAAGAUAUAGAGAUAGGACACUGCUGAAAAGGCUUUGUGGAGUGACUGUGAUACAGACAUAUGGGAUAAGGAUGGAGGGGAGCAUUACAUGCACAAACGAAGGUGAUCUACUGGAGACACUGAAAGGUCUGGCUUGGAAGAGGAAGGACAUAGCGAUACUGAGUCCUUCGACACUGAUAGUGAAUGGAGAAAUAUACAAAAUGUUUAGGUUAUUGAAUGCAGCAGGAAUGUCGCUAUUUUUGUUUGUUCUUCAAGACGAUCCUGUUUGGUACAUAGAUGAGAUCAUGCAAGCUUGA